AUGACCCAUCGGCAAGAGAUGACCUCAAAAUAUAAAUUAGACUUUAAAUUCUCAUCCGUGGGGACUUGAACCUAGACGGUGGGGUUGUUAUAAUAUUCUGUUUAAGCAUUUUUUUUAAUCCGUAGCUACGUGCACAUAUUGUCUAUAAAAUACUCAACCGGUCGCCGCGGUCUAUCAUCUUGGGACUGCAUCUCACUUUUUCUUCACUAUUUAUUUGGAUACUCCAAGAUAAGAAUGGAUAUGGAUUGUAUAUAAUAUAAAACAUAGAUAAUGAUACAACAUUUUUUAAUUAUAUGAUUUUUUAGUCCGUCGCCACACACCCACCGGCAUUUUUUUAGAAACGCACGGGCACUGUUUUAGUUAGCCUAAAAGAAUCAGGUCGUGCACCCGUAUUCUCUCAUGAACCCUCGUUGAUCUAGUCAAAAUAAAUAAGACAGAUUCGUCAAUUUCAAAUUCUUAUAAAUAUGUGUACCAAGCCAACUUCUUGCGUGGUAUAACAGACGCGUGCAGAAGAUUCCAUGAAAUUAUGAUACUCUCUCCGACCGGUAUUACUUGUCUCAAAUUUUCUCAAGUACGAAUAUAUCUAUGUGUAAAAAACAUCUACAUACAUAUAAUAUUUCGAUACAUAGUAAUUCCGGUCGGAAGGAGUUGCUUUUUAUGUUGCAUGGCUAGCGGUAUAGUGAUAGGUUUGCACUAAUUGUCCAGGUCUUACAAUUUUAAAUGAUCUAGUAUUGUUGCACUUUUCCAAUUUGUCACCUGGCAAUAAUACGUCACGAUGGAUCAAGAGUUUUUAUCAAAUCGCCAAUGCAAGAAGUGGAACUGUAUAGUUGCUCCGUAGAAUUUAGCCUGGCAGUUUGGUGCUACCAAAACUAAAUUAAACUAUUAAAGUGCCGGUGUGCAAUCCUGUCCCUGUCAACUGGCUCAACUCAACUGCUGUCGCGCGCGCCUGCUGAUCUGCUCGCCCAGUCAGCUGCUACCGGGUGCCGGCCCACCACAUCAGCUCUGACGGAACCGUCAGGUAGUUUUCUUUUUUAGCCUACAGUCAGGUAGUUGUAACAAGACUAUUGUUUACCAGCCGGACCGGCCGGCCGCGUGUCUUGCUACUCUCGGGAUAAUCCCAAGUGCCUAAACAACGAGGUCGGUAUCCAGGCUAUGGCGCACGGAAUUACCCUUACAGAUCUUUUAAGGCUCGUUUGGCGUACAUUUUUUCAUUUUCAAUAAGAGUAAAUUUUAAGAAACCACCUGUUUUGGGACUAGUGUUUCACAGCGGCACAGAUUUUGUCCUUUGCAAUAGAAAACCACAAGUUAAGAGUCUAAUUGUUUCAGAAAACCCAAAUGAUACGGUUUAGCCGUUUUGACAGCAAAUCCGACAAGGACAGCCCACAUCUCAGACGCCACGUAGGAUCUUAACGGGCGCCCGCCCGACCCGACCCGAUAACUGUUCGCUUCUUUAUUCCCUUCUCUUCCCCCCUCGUCAUGUUCUUCUUCCUGUCGUGUUCUUCCGGCGACAGAGCAGUGGGCGGCGGCAAGUACUGGACGGCGUUUUCUUGCUUCCGGCUUGUGGAGAAUGAUGGAAGAGGAAGGGGGGAGGAAGCUCCGGCCGGAUCCGUUCGCUGGUGAUUGUGAGGAUGGAGGCGGGUUAGGCAGUAGGAUACCCACCUACAUCGACGAUAUCCCCAUGAAGACAGCAGAUCCGGGCGUGGGUCCCAGGUGCAACCAUGGCCUACUGCCGAUGACUAGGAUUGCAUUCGAAGGGGAUUCAACCGGCCGAAGGUUCCUUGGGUCUCCAUUUGAGGAAGAUGACUCUGGUUAUGUCUAUUGGAUUGAUCCAAAAUGGCCGCCACAUUUGGAGAUUGCUCCGCGUGAGCUCUGGCAGAGAUAUGAUGCCAUUCGUAAGCUCACUGGAACUGAUGUAAGAUUUCUCCUUCAAGAUUUGAAAGAGGCCAUCGCAGAGAAGGAAAAAUCAACAGAAGACAAGAUGAGUCAGGAAUUGGAGAUGGCAGACCUGAGGUUUGAAAUGGACAAAGCUGCAAAACAGAAACAGAAUAACAUGACAGUUCGAUCUCGUUUACAGGCAUAUGACCAUUGGUUGUUGGUAUCUGUGACAGUAGCUGUUACUCUUGCUAGUGUUUUAGUAGUUGCAUUAACUCUGAAGUGAUUAAUAAGUAAUGGCUGUUGUAAUGGUUGAUGUAACAGAGAACCUGUAAUGUUGUACCUUGCCUUCAUCUUGUCAUGAAUUGGCUAAUGUUUUAGUAUCCAUGAACGUGUAAUGGUAGCCACUGUAAUGGCUGAUGUA